AACUGUGAAUGAAAUAGUUAGAUCUGUCAGUGGCAAGAAUCCCUGUGCUCGCGGCGGACUGCUCAGCGAUCUUGUUACGAUCUCGACUUUGACACCUAUGAUCAAUUCUGUGACGAAUUGCUUUGAGCAUUUGAUUUCCUAUUGAAAUCGAGAAGAUUGAGGGAAAAAAAGUGCUUGCAUUUUGCGCAACAGCAAUAACAAUUGGAAGGACCAGUUGCACGACUUAAUAAUAAACCUGACUGGCAUCCCGUUAGAUUUAACGUCGUCGCGAUCGGCUGCCAAAGUUUGAGAGCUCGCCGGAAACUUCCGUGUUUCUGACAUUGACGUAAAAUAUUGAAAAUAAUAUUUUGAGCUUUUUAUUAUAUUUUUGACGUAUCGACAAGUUUGAAGUUUGAAAUAUGUAAAAAUUUUUACAAUUAUUUUUCACGGCCUGGUGAUGUACCGUACUUCGCUAUGAAUCUUAGUAAGGAAUCGUCGCUUGUGAACGAAGUUUGUCUGCGCGUUAAAUUUUUAAUUAUAAAUUUGCCCAAUCGUAAAUAUAUGUAUCUCGGAAGAAGGCGAUCGAUCUUUGAUGGAAUAUAAUAAUUAAAUAUAAAUUUUAUUAUUAAUACAAAAAGUAAUUUAUUAAUAGAAAAUAAAAAAAUUUAUGAAUAAUAUCGAUAAUCAUUUUUAUUACUGAUCUAUGCAUAAUAAUAAUCAUAAAAUAUUGUUUGUGCAAAAACACUCGAAUAAUUCAAACGGCAAUGUUCGUUCGAGGAUGAAAACUUUUUCGACACAAAUUGCCGAGACGUAGGCAUCGCGCUGUUCGACGGUGCGCAAAGACUUUGAUUUUUCAUACGCGACACAAAUUGUGCAUAGUGUUUGUUUGUGCAAUAAUUUUUCUUUUUUUAUCGCGCUUGUACAUUCGAACAAGUUGUUACGUUUACGCGUAAAACACGGAGGUGACCGGUGACAUUUUUCUCGGGCAACAUGAAGCCUCACCGCCCGAGGAAAUCCUGCUACAGCUGACUAGCGUUCGGUCUACCAGCAAGCCGCGCGAGGGCCCCAGUAGUAAGAUGAUAGAGGGUCAGGUACAUCAACAUCCGGUACAGCAGCCGUCAGAGAGACAACCAAUCCUACAGACGAGCAGUUCCAUCAAAUUUGAAAAUGGUGCACAAUGUAAGGAACCUCUGCUGUACAGCAAGUGGAAUUCGCACAGGAUGACACCGACAACUGGCCGAUCGCGCACAGCCUCCCUAUCCAAUGCGGGGGCUGCUGCAGCUUCGGCACAUCUGACUGAGGAUUGCGUCGAGGUGACGAUGCUGGAUGACGCUGGCGGCGACGGCGGCGGCCGUUUACCCGACGUCGUCGCCGAGAGCAAAAUAUACGGCGCUGACGCCGAAUCCGGCGAAUCCUACUUAGCAAUAACGAUACAAGUUUUCAUCCCUUUUCUUAUCGCUGGUCUUGGAAUGGUGGGCGCUGGACUUGUCCUCGAUUUAGUACAACAUUGGGUGGUGUUCAAAAGUGUUAACGAAUUAAUGAUUCUGGUACCGGCACUUUUGGGGUUGAAGGGUAAUCUGGAAAUGACCCUGGCCUCACGACUCUCUACACAAGCCAAUCUUGGGCACAUGGAUACGUCUAAGCAGCAGUGGUACAUGAUUGUUGGGAAUCUCGUUUUAAUUCAAUGUCAAGCCAUUGUUGUUGGUUUUUUGGGUUCGGUGGUAGCCAUUGUUAUGGGUGCCUUGCGCAACGGCACGGUUUCGCUGGACCAUUCGUAUCUUCUAUGUGCAAGCAGCCUCGUCACAGCAUCUCUGGCGUCUUUUGUUCUCGGGCUGAUCACGGCAGGCGUGAUCGUCCUGUCCCGUCAUUGUCACAUCAAUCCUGAUAACGUAGCAACACCGAUAGCAGCCAGUUUGGGCGACAUCACGUCAUUGGCCCUCCUAUCGUGGAUCUCGACAAUCCUCUACGAGGCCAUCGACAAGCAGGAUUGGUUGGCACCACUGAUUAUUGCUUGUUACAUCCUCAUCACGCCACUCUGGGUUUGGAUAGCCAAGAAGAACAAGUACACCAAUAACGUACUGUACUCUGGAUGGACUCCAGUCAUGAUCGCCAUGCUUAUCAGCAGUUGCGGAGGGUUGAUCUUGGAAUUUAUGGUCUCCCGAUACGAGAACCUUACCGUGUUUCAACCGGUCAUUAAUGGCGUCGGUGGAAAUCUGGUGGCUGUUCAAGCUAGCAGGAUAUCAACUGCGUUACACAAGCAAGCUGAUCUCGGGACACUUCUUAUCCCACCAGGGCACACGCAUCCUGUCAUCUUCAUAACACCCAUCGCCAACUUUUUUGGCAAAGGUGUACAUGCCAGGACAACGAGGGUUCUAAUGGCAAUGGUGAUACCAGGUCACGUAAUUUUUAUCUACAUGAUCAAUUAUAUGAAGGAUGGUAAGGCCUCGUUAACUCCACUCUUCGUCUUCGUCUACCUGUGCGCCGCGAUGCUCCAAGUGGCUGCACUACUUUAUAUAGCCUACAUAAUGAUCCACUGGAUGUGGAAGCGAAAAAUCGAUCCUGACAACUCUGCCAUUCCUUAUCUCACCUCCAUGGGUGAUCUCCUAGGAAUUAGUUUACUUGCCAUAGCCUUCCAAUUCCUUUACCUGGUCGGAGAUCAGGAUUUUGAUACACCAAGGAAACCUUAAUCGACAGACAACCCCUGGUACAAAGACUCGGAAAACCUUUCUGAUCUGCCAACAAGAAACAACUCUGAAUUCAUAUAAACCGAUUUAACGAGACACUCGGAGGAUCUGCCUAUGGAAGAUGCUGCAAUGAAAUAGCUUGACGUUCUCUAUUUCAUCCAAUUACUUCGUUACGCGCUCGAUGGAUUCAUGUCAAUUAAUUGGUAGUUGGUUAAUUGAAGACUUGCCCAGACAACGCAAACAGUCCAAAAGUCGUCUUAAAGACGUCUAAUACAACAGAGGUUAUCGUUUAGACAUCUUAAAGAUAACUAGAAGUUGUGAACUGACUGGCUGGUUAGCUCAGGAUUAAAAAAAAAAGAUUCAAUUCUAAACUAGAAGUCAUUUAGCUAGUUUGUAAUAAUUAUUCCAGUAGUGGCUAAAAGGUGUUAGGUAGAAAAUGACUUUUUGGUGUCCUACAAGUAGUUUCAUUGUUCAGCGUCUGUCCAGUGGUGUUACCAAACCAUAGGUGUACAAUUAGUACGCGUACAUAUGUGUCUUGACAUAGUUGCCUUUGUACAAACUGAAAGCGCUAAUAGGUAUGUAGAAGAUCUCUCGAUUCUCGUAAAAUUACCAAAAUUAAUAGCGACCAGCUGUUUAAAUUUCUUCCUUUUGUCAAAUCCGUAACAGACUGAUUUAUUUCCUCGUCCAUCUUAUUCAGAAAGAAAUACAACAUUUUUCGCGGACGUAAACCAAUGUUUGUUAAAUGUAUUUGUAGUGAAAGAAUUUUGACACAAUUUUUAUGCGACACUUCAAUUGUCCAUUGCGUAGUAACUUUGCUGUGCAGGCACACAUUUGGAACAUGGUACAGAAUGUAAUGUUCAGACUUAUUCCAGACAUUUCACUGACAAGUCACAACAACUUUUCCAAAAUUUCGUGUGCUUUGUAGUCUAGUAUUAAAGAAUUUAUUUCAUAUACGUUCAUUAUCACAAUGAGAAUGGCGGUCAAACUUAAAGAAAGUCUCAGACAAGUCUGUAUCGGAUUCGUUACAAGACACUAAUCUUGAAAUUGUAUAUUUUUUAUAAACUUAGACAAUUUAACAGAUUUCAUACUAAUUCCACUCACUGUGAAUUUUAAGAUCCUCGAGGAAGGACUGCGUUAUUUUCUGUCGAUUCUUUCAGAACAAUUGAAUCCUUUUCAUGAUCCCGUUGUAAGCGUGGAUAAGAAAAGACGCGAGAUUUAAAUGAAUUCCUUGAAUUAAAAUACACUUUUCAAUGAUAAUAAAUAAUGAAACAAGGAAUCAACAGACAGUCUUUGUAAAAUCACUGUACGAACAGGUAUUAUUAUAUUUCUCGUACAAAUAAGUUAGACGCAAAUGGUGAUGGUGUGUAUGAAAAUGCAAAAAUUUGAAAAAUAAGGUAAACGACGAAUUCUUCUGAUGUAAGAUGUAUAAGAAAGUCUGUAUAACAGUGGUCUGAACAAGAAACUUUGUUUAAGUGAUUUAACAAAAUUGUAUUUAUAUUCUGUUCGACAAACUUUAUGGCGAAUUAGGAAAAUGAAAGAAACUGUAAGAGCACUAUGGAGACCGCCGCGAGCAAAUGGCCGUUUUAGCGCAGUCAAUUAAUUGUAAUUAACAUCACUCAAGAUCAUCGCACUCGAUCUAGAAUUAAUAAUUAUUAAAUGUCCAAGGAAGCUGUACGAAAAGUGUAUUGUUCUUGAAAUUCAAUCGUUGCGAUACAUCUAGGUACAUAUUAAAGAUUUUUUCAAUUAGAAAGAAAGAAAUGGCGGAAAACUAUUGGAGGCUUAACGAGAUAUUCUCGAACUCGUUCGUAUAGGUGAUCUAGUCCUAGAAUUAUCUUAAGAUAUUAAGCAUCUAUAUAGUUAAUCGAUUAAAUCUUAUUUCUCGUAACGCGUGGCUUCAUCGUCGAUUAUUUUGAGCAUAGGGUACAAGUGUUUAACAUAGUAGAAAAAGAGAAAAACAAGGAAGCAUAAACACAAAAAUCAUCUUUAUCAUUCAGAUAAUUUCGAGACUAAUAACGCCAUCCACUGUCUUUUAUUUUCUGCACAGAAAAGGAUAGUGCCAAUCGAUCCGAUCGCGAAGAUUUGGCAAAUGCAUAAUGUACAGGAUUAUAUUUUGUAAAGAAAGUGUUAUUUUUAAUUGUACAUAUUAUAAAUAAUAAAAUAUACUACUAUUGUAACUGUA